AUGCCUCGCUUUAAGUAUAUCACCAAAAAUCGCCACUCUGAGGAUGCUGUGAAAACUUUAAAGAAUAUUCGUCCGAACGAUCUUGGCUGCAACAAAGCUUGCGAAUGCAAGGGUGCAAUUAAUUGCUGUGCCUCGCAUCAUGUUGCACAAAGUUACAAAAGUGGAACAAAACCAAAGGCCAUCCGGAAACUCAACUCGGCAAACUCUAGUUGUGACGUAGUAGUUGAGUGUGGAGAGCAUUGCAAAUGUGAUCCCAUAACUUGUCGUCAACGAGUGCUGCAGGAAGGGAGACAGAUACCGUUGGUGCUAUUUUGGGAAGGAAGGAAAGGCUGGGGUCUUCGCACAAUUUUCAAAAUUCCAAAGAAUGUUUUUGUCGGUGAAUACGUCGGAGAGGCGCUGAGGUCUCGAGAUUCCAUG